UUGAAGACAUCACCAAAUCAAGUCGACGAACAACAUCUUUUAUCAGUGAAAAACAAUGUAAAGAAAAAGAUCCAAACUGCAAAAAGUGAAUAUUAUCACAAGGCGUUUAAAAAUUGUGACAAAAAGCCUCUCAAGAUGUGGAAUCUCAUUAACUCCUUAUGUUCUAAUAAACCAAAACUUAGCAGCGCUCCGUCGAAACUCGAAACACAUUUAGGUCCUAUCACUGAACUAACUGAUAUAUGUGAUCACUUUAAUACUUUCUUCUCUCAGAUAGGCUCCACUCUUGCCAGUAAAAUCCCACAUAAGUAUCACGAUAAUUUCACCUACACUAAUUUAUAUAACAAGCAAAUAGAUAUCAAAACUAAGGAACUUACACAUUAUACCCCUACUACAACAGAUGAAGUCAACAAAAUCAUAGAUAAUUUAAACUCAAAUACAAGUACUGGUCUUGAUGGUUUAACAUGUAAAGCCUUAAAAUCUAUAAAACCUCUUAUAUUAGAAAAAUUAACAUGCUGUAUAAAUAAUUGCUUAGAAAGGGGUUACUUUCCUGAUUCCUUAAAAUUGGCGAAAGUUAGCGCAAUAUUUAAACCAGUAUUAUUAAUUCACCACUGGUUUGGUAAAUAUCUCUGCCCUGGGAAGAAGCAGCAGGAAACCAAGCGGGACUUUCUUUUUUCACAAAUACAAAUAGUCUACAAUAGAGUUGCCACCUUUUUUUGA